UCAAAUAAAAAUAACGAUGCUUCCUUUACAAAGAAAUUUCAAACACUGAUGAUAUGUAUAAGAGAUUGCCCCCAUCCAUAAUGACUGUAAUAAGCAAAGCAAUCCGUUUGAAAGGAAACAAAAAAACAUAGGGCUCAGCUAAUUCCAAUUUCCAACAAUGAAACGUGGUAAAAGUGUUUAGUUUAGUUAAAGUGAAUUAAAGGCCAAGAGCAAGGCAUCAGGAACAAAAGUAGAGGAUCAAAACUCGAAAGGGACAGGGAAAGGAACCUGAGAAGUGAGAAAGUGUCAUACCUUGCUUGCCUACUCCGACCGAACUUUUCUCUGUUUAUCAAUCUAGGACUAUUGAAUUUUCUUCAAGAUUUUACUGCUCAACUCUUUUUCCAAUUUUCGCCGACACCCACAAUACAACAACCUUUGCAUAUAAUAAAAUACACUCUCUCUUCAUUACUACUCUCAAGCUUCGAAUCUCUCUCUCUUCUUUCCUUUUCUUUAAUGGCGAUGUCUCCAACCAUUGAGCCUCCCAACAACUACAGCUGCUUCUCAUUCUCUUCCUCUUCCUCCUCCUACUUCUUCUUCAGCUGUUCUUGCGUGUCCAUGGUUCUAUAUCACGUGCUCCGCCUCACCUGAUCCUCACCUCUUAGCACUGCCAAAAUCAACUGCAACAACCACUACAACACGAAAAACCAAAAAAUACAAAAAGAAAAAAGAAAAGAAGAUAGCAAUGGGUUACAAUAACAGACCUUUUUCUCUUUCUAUGAUUCGUUUGCUACUCACUGAGUUAGUCUUUCUUGGUUUGAUCUUUGCUUUCUCUCCAGCUCAAUGCAUCACUGAUUCUUCCGAUGUUCAAGCGCUUCAGGUUAUGUACACUUCAUUGAACAGUCCUACAAAGUUAACAAAUUGGAAAACUAAUGGUGGUGAUCCAUGUGGAGAGUCAUGGAAAGGGGUUACCUGUGAAGGCUCCGCUGUCGUUUCUGUUGAUAUUUCUGGGUUAGGACUUUCUGGAACCAUGGGAUACUUGCUCUCGGAUCUUAUGUCCUUGAGAACACUUGAUUUGAGCAACAACAACAUUCACGAUACAAUCCCGUACCAGUUGCCACCUAAUCUCACAAGCCUGAAUCUCGCAGGUAACAACUUGAGUGGGAAUCUUCCAUAUUCAAUUUCUAGUAUGGUCACUCUUACUUACCUGAAUUUAAGCCAUAAUUCACUCUCCCUGUCUGUUGGAGACAUUUUUGCUAAUCUUGCCGUCCUUGGUACCUUGGAUCUUUCCUUCAACAAUUUUAGUGGGGAUCUUCCUAUUUCAUUUAGCUCAUUGAGCAAUCUUUCUACGCUGUAUAUGCAGAACAAUCAAUUGACUGGUUCUCUUAACGUCCUUUCGGGUUUAUCAUUGACAACUCUCAAUGUUGCAAAGAAUCAUUUCAGUGGAUGGAUUCCUCGAGAGCUUUUUUCAGUCCCAACUUUUAUAUAUGAUGGAAACUCCUUUGCCAAUGGGCCUGCCCCUCCUCCACCACCAUAUAGUGCAUCUCCACCUGGUAGAUCCCAUAAUAAACAUAACUCUGGAUCAGGAGCUCGUACAUCCCCUGCUUCUGAUGGUCAAUCAUCAGAUUCAGAUAAGGGACCACCAGCUGGACUUAUUGUAGGCAUAGUUCUUGGCUCUUUGUUGCUGGUUCUCCUGGCUCUACUUGCUCUUGUUUUCUGCAUCCGCAAAAAUAAAAGAAAGGUGGGUGGUGCAAGGGCUUCAAGAAGGAAUCUUUCGGUUGGCUCCAAUGAUGGACAUACCAAUAUGCAAGAGCAGAGGGUGAAAAAUGUUGCUGCAGUUAUAGAUUUAAAACCCCCACCAGCAGAAAAAGUGACAGUUGAUAGGUUGUCCAAAAAUGGAUCUCUAAACAGAAUGAAGUCACCCAUCACUGCUACAUCAUAUACUGUUGCUUCUUUACAAACAGCCACUAAUAGUUUUAGUCAAGAAUAUCUUAUUGGUGAAGGUUCCCUUGGUCGUGUUUACAGUGCAGAGUUUCCGAAUGGAAAGACAAUGGCUAUUAAAAAAAUAGACAAUUCUGCACUAUCAUUACAAGAGGAAGACAAUUUUCUGGAAGCUGUCUCCAAUAUGUCACGCUUGAGGCAUCCCAAUAUUGUUACAUUGGCUGGAUACUGUGCAGAGCAUGGACAGCGUCUUCUGGUAUAUGAAUAUAUAGGAAAUGGUAGUCUUCAUGAUAGGCUGCACUUUUCUGAUGAUGACAGCAAGACAUUAGGCUGGAAUGUACGUGUCAGAGUGGCACUUGGCACUGCCCGGGCUUUAGAGUACUUGCAUGAAGUGUGCUUGCCUUCAGUUGUACAUAGAAACCUCAAGUCAGCAAACAUCUUACUUGAUGAAGAGCUCAAUCCUCACUUGUCAGAUUGUGGUUUAGCUGCUCUUACGCCAAAUACUGAGCGACAGGUUUCAACACAGGUGGUUGGUUCAUUUGGUUAUAGUGCUCCUGAGUUUGCAUUGUCAGGAGUAUAUACGGUAAAGAGUGAUGUGUACAGUUUUGGGGUGGUGAUGUUGGAGUUAUUGACUGGUCGGAAACCACUGGACAGUUCAAGGGUGAGAUCAGAGCAAUCACUUGUCAGAUGGGCCACUCCCCAACUACAUGAUAUAGAUGCCCUGGCAAAAAUGGUUGAUCCUGCCCUCAAUGGCAUGUAUCCAGCAAAAUCUCUGUCACGCUUCGCAGACAUCAUUGCUCUCUGUGUUCAGCCGGAACCGGAGUUCCGGCCUCCCAUGUCUGAGGUUGUCCAAGCUUUAGUGAGGUUAGUGCAAAGGGCAAGUGUAGUCAAAAGGCGAUCCAGUGACGAAUCAGGAUUUGCAUAUAAGACGUCAGAUCCUGAGGCAAUAGAAAUGUCAUUUUAAGUGUCUGGUUGGAACUCCGCAGCUUGAAACUGAUGCCUCGCAAACGUGUAUGCAACAUGACAAGGUCUAGGAUGACUAAAAGAGCAAACAAGUUAAGCGGAAAAUAUCUGUAAGAGAAUCAAAAUCGAGAAUGGAAAAAGCAAAAAAAAAGUUAUGUAAUUAUAUCUCACACACUUUCAGUUUUAAGUUUAUAGUUUCCAUUGCAGAUGUAUAGGUGUAUUAUUGGACAUUAUGAUGCACAUUCACGUUUUGCAGCUUAAUUAAUAAAAAAAAGAAUUUUCUAUAAUUCAAGCAAAGUACAUCACAUUCCUUUGUUUCGUCCUCAUGGUUUUCAUGUUUCAGUCCCAUGUCUGUCUCCAUUGGUCUUUGGCUUUUCCGCCAUAAAUUGCUAACACGAGUUGUGUUGUGCUAAUGGAUUGUGAUUGUGGACCUGCCACAUUUCCAUUUCGUGACGUCAGAACUCUUGUUGCCUAGAUGCUAUUGGGAAAGAAACUGUGACUGAAAAAGUCAACGUGGGUUUAUCAUAAGAGUCAAAAACAGGCUGUGCCAUGUGAAUCCUUUAUGUUACUUGUCA